AUGCCCGCCGAAAAGAAAGUCCUUGCGUUCGAUAUCUACGGCACCCUCCUUGAUACGGGGGCCAUCGCGCAAGCUAUACAGAAGUACGUCAAGGAGAUCGAGGCCGCGGACCAGGCGAAAGCGCUGGCGGCUUCGUGGAGGACGUAUCAGCUCGAGUAUACAUGGCGGCUCAAUUCCAUGGAUCUGUACGAACCCUUCGACGUCGUGACGCGCAAGUCCCUGCUCAACGCCGCCGCCGAUGCCAACAUCCAGCUGACCGCGCCGACGCUCGGGCUGCUCAUGCAGGCGUACCACGAGCUGCCGAGUUUCGCGGACGCGGCGUCGUCAAUAAGGAGCCUCCUCUCCCGCGGAGACGUCGACGUCGUGCUCUUCAGCAACGGUGCGUCUGCCACCUCCAUGCUAUCAGCACAUACCGGUGCUGACGCGAUUAUGGUCGCCAAAUCAAUCACGGCCGCCGCCCUCCCCAUCACCCUCUCGCGCUACCUCGCCAACUCGGCGAAGAAGUACAAGCCCUGCCGCGAGAUAUACCACGGCCUGGUGCAGUUCCUGGGCGUGCAGGACCGCGUGCAGGACGUCUGGCUCGUCAGCGGAAAUCCGUUCGACGUCGCCGGCGCGCGGGCGUUCGGCUUGAACGCCAUAUGGGUCGACAGGGCGGGCAAGGGCUGGAACGACCGGCUCCUGGAUAUCGGGCCUUCGAGGGUCGUCGGCAGUGUAGAGGAGAUCGCUAGGCUGGAGGCGUGGAAGACCGAGGCGUAG